AUGUUGCGGCCACCACCACUGCUGAACGAACCGCCACACCAACUUGCCAUUCAACAAGACUUCGUGUGCUUCCCCCACUUGCUCACCCCUGAAGAUCACUCAUCUUUACGUUCCAAACCCCUUUUCUUUCUCGCUUUCAUUCAUGAUGUGAUGCACGCAAAUGUCAUCCAUGCAACACUCGCCCUGCUCGUCGUCCCUCACCAACCCUAUUCGCCGCCACCGCCACCGCCACCGCCACAAAAAAAACACUCCCAAACCAACUGCCCUGACCGGCCCUCGCUAACCCCACCACCGACCCCAACAACACAACCACCCACCACCACACACACAUACACACACAACCAUUCAGUUUUGUCCCCCCACCUCGUGCCCGACAACUGCGUACUUGCUUUUUGCUUUCGUCUCUCUCUCUCUCUCUCUCUCUUUUUGUGUGUGUCUUUAAUCUCUCUCCUCUUCUCUCUCUCUCUCUCUCUCCCCAGCCCGUGUCCCACCUCUCGCCCCAAGGAAGGCACGCACACACGGUCCAACAUGGACUUGCUCGCCCUUCCCGACGAGCUUUGGAACGAUGCCUUGGCGCAUGCCCCCCCAGCCGAAGCCCGUGACCCUGCCAACCCCGCACCCCAAGGCGAGGGCUUUCGCUGGUGUCUGCAGGAUGGCUUUGCAGCGCUGCUGAACCUUGCCCAACAGUACCCAGCCUGUAGUGUGCUCCUCGAUACCCAGGCUGCUCACACUCAGGCCAACGUGCAGCAUGUGCCUGCUUUGGCGCUUGCUGCUGAAGUAUACAUUGCCCGUGCCCCGCAAGCCAGUUGCUGCUCCCUAUGCUGGGCCCCCACCGCCAACCUGGCCCUCGGUAUGCACGAUCUCCGACUCUGCAACGAUUGUCUGAGUCACUUCCUGCUCUCUGAAACGCGCGUGCGUCACAUGUUUGCCCUCUCCGAGAGCGACGUUCGCGACCUCGAGGCCACCCACCAGCUGCACACCAUUGGUGGUCAUGGCAGCCAGCGCUACUUUUUCGCACCAGCCGUCGCCCACACCAUUGCCUCCCGCAGCCCCAUCCCGCUGUCACAGGCCGAUGAGACGAAUAGCGCCGUCGUUGCUGACCGCGUCGCCGCUGUGCAUGGCUACGAACAAGCCUUGCUUGACUUGCAAGCCAUGAAACGUGUCUGCCUUUUGCGCUCGUGCUCAACCUAUGGCAUUGAUCUGGAUGAGCUGGCCCAGCGCCACGCUGACCUCGAAGCCUCAGCCUUCUCAGACUGGCGCAAGCCCAACCCGCUCUGGCGCCGAAUUUUCCAACGUUGCCUGCAGUUUUGCAGCCGCCCCGUCAACUCUACCCGCCUCAUCACUGAGCUCCAGGCCGACAUCCUCGUCGUUGAGCUCUUCUCCGCGCUCUGCUUUGAGCAACGCGCCAUUCACUUGCAUCACCUCCUCGCUGACGCCGGGCUUCCCACCUGCUGGAUCACUCCCCACGCCGCCGUCGACACUUCAGUCGCCGAAGUCUACCCCGAACUCACAAGCUACAUCAUGCAGCCCCUCGAACGCUCUUCCCACACCGACGAGUGUGCCCAGACCAUGGUCAAACACGUCCUCCAGCUGGAAACGGCGCGACAGACCAAGCUGGCCUUGGUUCGCACCAAGCUCCAGCAAGUUUGCCGUGGCAACAUGGACCUCUUGCGUCGCUGCCGUGCCCACCCCGCGUACAAGUCACUCCUCAAGCGUCGCCGCAUUGGCGACGUCAUGGACACCGUCGUCGAGAUCAUGACCCCGGUCUUUGAGCAGCUCGCUGCCACCACCUGCGACAUGCCCCAGCGACAGGCCUUGGUUGAUGGAGUCCUCCGCGACCAGCUUGGAACCGAGCCCCCCUCCCCCGAGGAGCUUCUCUUCUUCUCCGCUUGGGGACGAGCUGAGAUUCACCCCUGCGCCCUUUACCUGCAAUUUAUCGCAGCCGUGCCCCCGACGGCUGCACCCCCAGGUGCUGCCACUGUCAGCGCUCAGCUGGCUGCCCAACAAUGGGCCGCCUUUGCCGGCAGCACUUCGCGCAGCAAGCUGCAGCAUCUGCUUCAGCUUGUCGGUGCUCACGCCCUGGUCCAACUGCUUUACCACGACUUCUCGGGCCUGGUCAAGCUGCACCUCAUUCGCUUUCUGGCCGCCGCUCGCGAGGAAACAUGCGCCUUCCACCACAGCCGUCUUAGCGCCCUCUCCGCCACCAUGCGCUCGUCAGCCUCGAGCCACCCCGUCUACUCGUGGGGCGCCGCCCCAACUCUCGACCCCAAUGAGACCAUGCCUUCGCCUCUGGCCGACAAGGCCAUGUCGGCCAACGACAUUGACACGCUCGUAGCCACACAGGAGGUUCAUCUUGGCAUGGAACGCUCCCUCACGGACGGUACCGUGGUUGCUGCCGAACCCUCAGCCGAUACUAGUGAACCGAUGGACCACCACCAGGAUGUCGACGCAGCACCACACUCCUGCGCUGCCGCUUCCGAUAUGCCCACGAUGGAGCAGGGCGCUGAUCACGAUGACGCCAUGCCCACGGCCGCCAGCACACCAACUGCCGAGGUGUGCCAUUGCCACGCAGAUGCUGCCCACCAUAUGGCGCAUAUCCUCAGUGGCUUCGCCGUUCGCGUGCAUGAUCUGCAAUGUGCGCUGGGAGAUCAACGUGUCGUGGCUCGCCUCACCUCGGCGCAAGCUCAGAAGGUGGCCCGCGCUUACACGUGUGCUCCUUUGAAUCGCCUCACGGCCAAGCCCAUCCGCGCCGACGUGCAGGUGGCCAGCAUCAAGCUUAAGGGCCUUUUCAACCUCAAUCUUGACCUCGAUGAGCUACCGUCUCUGGAUGUCUCUGCUGCUCCAACCUCUGCCCACGAGGCUGCCCGCCUCAUUCAUCUCUAUGAAGAUCAGUUUAUCCAACGCCUGCACCACGUCACCGAGCACUUUGUGCAAGCAGGUCUUCAUCUUGACCUGGGUUGGAUCAUGACGGCACAUGCUCAGCUGGGCCACGUCGCCGGUGCUGGUCUGGCUGCUACCCUUUCCGCCUAUGCCCACGGGUUGGUGGACUUAACUCCUGAGGAGUUGGAUUACAAAGUCCAGCUGGCAGCACAGCGAGAACAGGCGAAAUCGUCGCGCGCCCGUGCCCUGCAGGACACUUUCCGCCCGCUGGCCAGUGUGCUGCAGGACACGGUGGGCCAAACCGAUGUGGAGCGCCAUGAGGCGCGAGCAACCAUUCGCAGUCUCGACGCCUUGCGCUUUCUGCACCAUGGUGCAGAGUCGAGCUUGGAACAGUGCCGUGCCAAGCGGAACAAGAUCGUGCAAAAGCGCCGCCGUGGCGAACUUCACAAGGGGCGUCGUCGCGACCUCCUGGAUCGCCUGGGUGCAGUCACCGAGUGGCACAUGCUCAGUCAUGCGGAGCAAACCUUUUUCCUCCAACGACGCGCCGCACAACGCUAUCUAAAGCAUGAAGGGGUCGAUGUGAUGGAGGGCGUAGCAGCCGUGGCCAAGGACCUCGACACGACAAUGCGUCAAUUUCCUGAACUGCCAGCUUUGGUGGCUGACUUUGGCGCCAUCCUGAUCAACCGUGACUAGCUCCCGGUUGCUUUGUUGUUAUUUUCUUCACUAGGGGCUCAGCCCCCGGAUUUCCCAGAGGGAGUGACUGAUUGUCUUUUAUUUGUGGCUCAUUUCAUUUUUGUUGUUUCGUUGACUUUGAUGUUUUGUAUUUUGUUGCCUGGCCAGCUUUGUCGAGAGGACAUGAGCCCGGCCACUGCAUAUGCGCCUCGGCAAGACAGAACGUUGGUUGCCGCCCUUAUUCUUUUGUGUGCUUUGGGAGACAGCAGCGCUGAGCGCGCUGGUUGAUAUUCUUCCCUCCCACGUUGACUGUGUCAACACCCUGACUUAAUUGAAUUCUUGAAGACGG